GAAAGCGGAACCUUAAUGUGACUCAGGUCUCCAGUCGGAACUUUAUGGUGUAACAUCCAGUCGUUGCUCGGUGUAGCCGGUAAUUGUUUCAUCGGUAACCAAGCAACAAUGUCUUCGGUUGAGUGUUUGAGAGAGUUCGUCAACGAGCGACUAUCUGCUGCUGCUGAAGAAAUAUUCGGAGUUUUUAAAAGAACCGUCGUCGAGUACCAGGAAGAGAUCGACCGGCAGCGCAGAAUGUUGGAUGUUUUUUGGAAACCCGACGUGAAGUUACACAGGAUAAAGCUCCCACAGCCACGUGUGUGUACGGAGGAGGAGGUUCUCGGUGACCAGCAGCUCUGUCUCCAGGAGAGGAACCCCAGUGUGGACCAAGAGGACCCAGAUCCUCCACAGAUUAAAGAGGAACAGGAGGGACUCUGCAGCAGUCAGGAGGGAGAGCAGCUUGAACCGAAGCAGGAGACCUUCAUGUUGACUCCUACUUGUGAGGAAAGAGACCACGGUGAAGACCAACUUCUGGAUUUGUGUACUGACGAAACACAGACUGUGGUACAGGAAACAUCUCUAGGCUACAUUUCAGUUGAAAGCGCCGCUGUAGUUGAACCAAGCAAUGACCACCAGCUUCUCUCUCACAACUCUCAUGUAUCUGAUGGCAAAGAUCAGAAAAGAGUCAAACGUAGUUUAACAUCAAGCAAGGAGCAAACUCCUCCAGGUGAGAAGCCACUUUUAUGCAAAAAAUGUGGGAAAUACUUUAAACAUAAAAAUAGCUUGUUGUCCCACGUGAAAAGAGCUCACAGUAUUGAUCAACCAUAUGUAUGCAACACCUGUGGGAGAAGAUUCGUUCACGAGUCUGUAUUUAAGACUCAUGAAAGAGUUCAUAGUGAUGAGAAGGCAUUUUCUUGCAAAACAUGUGGGAAAACAUUCAAAUUUAGUAGUAGCUUAAAAGUCCACAUGGAAAUUCACUCUGGUGAAAGGCCAUAUUCCUGCAACACAUGUGGGAAAACAUUCAAUGGUAAAUCACAUUUAAAGCUUCAUACAAGGAUCCACACUGGGGAGAAGCCAUAUUCCUGCAACACAUGUGGGAAAACAUUCACUCAGUCAUCACAUUUGAAGUAUCAUACAAGAACCCACUCCAAUGAGAAUCCAUAUUCCUGUACAAUGUGAAAAAGAGGUUUCUCGAGUUCUAGUAACUUAUUUGUCCACAUGAAAAGAACACACACGGGUGAAAUGUCAUAGAUGCAACUCCUGUGAGGAACUAUUCUGAUCAAUUUUUAAGAUUAGAAAGGCUGAAGCUUUCUAUUAGAACGGAACAUGAAUGCUGCAUUUGAAGAACAAGAAAAGUGCAGAUUCAUCAAAUAAGCUAAUUUACAACCUGCUACAGAUAGGAGCCAUUAUAAGUAGAAUUCAAGUGCUACAAUUUGUUUUGUGUCUUUUAGUCAAAGUAUAGUAUGAAGAGCUUUGUCUUUAGUUUGCAGCAGAAGAUGUAAAGACUCUGCGCUCCUGGUGUGUAUUUCAGUAAUCUCUUCUGACAGGCAUAACCGUCAGCCAAAACCCGACUGGAUGAGCGUUCACUCAUUAAAUGAAUACUUGCGGUUAAAGAAUUUACUGUUAUUCCCCAAAUCUUUAAAACAAUUUUUGUUGCACAUUAGGUGAACAUAUCCUGCAAAUGUUUCCCUUGUUUGAUAAAUAUAUUCAUCUAAAAAAAAUAAAAUCAAUCUUGGAAAUUC